AUGCGUCGUGUUCUCCACGAAUUUCCCGACAAACUGGUUGUGCCUAUGCUCAAGAACACCGUGUCGGCCACGGGUCCAGACUCACGGCUCGUAAUCGGUGAUAUGCUCCUGCCUGAUCGGGUAACUGUAGGUGGUCCAUGGACCGCGUACUGGAUUGAUUUAGCACUACUCACAAUUUGUGGUAAGUUGCGAUCCCUUCGAGAAUGGAAUGGCAUAUUCGAGGAAGUCGGCUUGGAGCUUGUAGAGAUAUAUAAGGCUGAUGACGGACAAACUGUAAUGCUAGAAACGCGCUUGAGAAGAUCAUCUUGA